AUGUCGGAGAAUCCAUUGCAGGCAAUCUUCCGUGCUUUCGAGCAAGUAUCAGGUUCAAUUCAAACCCACCUAUCCAACUUCAUGGGUCAACCUCUCCAUCCUGAUCGCAUACCCGGAAAACCUCUCUUCUCUGUCUCUUCCUCUUCCAGAGCGAACCCUUCGAAUAUUGACUCUACGUCUGCCCAGCCCAAAGAUAUUCUCAUCAAGGGAAAAUCUGCACCUGUUACCAAAGAAGAUCUAGGAAGAGCUACAUGGACAUUUCUUCACACUCUUGCUGCUCAGUAUCCAGAUAACCCAACAAGGCAGCAGAAGAGGGAUGUAAAGGAAUUGAUGUCAAUAUUAUCACGGAUGUAUCCCUGUAAGGAAUGUGCAGAUCACUUUCAAGAAAUUUUGAGAGCAAACCCUGUUCAGGCUGGAAGUCAUACGGACUUCUCUCAAUGGCUAUGUCAUGUUCAUAAUGUGGUUAACAGAAGCCUUGGCAAACCUAUAUUCCCCUGUGAGAGAGUUGAUGCAAGAUGGGGUAAGCUGGAUUGUGAACAACGUGAAUGCGAUGUACUUGGAACUACUACUACCACUAGUCUUAAUUUUCUGGGCCAAAGACGUUAAUUUGUCUUUGGUAACCAUGUAAUUUCCUAUAUAUAUCCUACACUCUAAAAUCAAACUGUUUGAAUUCUUAAUGUUUCUUGUCUUCUA